AUGACUUGUUUUGGUAGUCAAGAAGAAUUACUUUACCUUUUUGAAAUACUAAUUCAAGACUUGGAACUGACUCAAGAUAAAAUUCAUGAAUCAGGAGGUGCUCCUCUGCUGUUGAAAAUCAAAUUUCUUUCAUUACCAAUAUUUACUAUUACCCAAAUGGAUUUCGACCCAACUAAUUUGAUUUUUAAUGCAGAACAUAAAACAGGAAAGAUUUCGUAUUUAACAGGUAAAUCAUGUUUAUUCAGCAAGAAACCGCAAGAUCUUGUUAAAGAAAUGCAAAAAACACCUCUUAAAAUUGGUAUAUUCUGUCUGAAAGAUACAUAUCCUAUUGCUGAAGUAACAUUGCCAUUUACUGGUUGUGUAUGUGAUCAAAUAACGAUGGCCACGAAUGAUUUUGAUCAUUUGCCGAAACCUUAUGUUCUUCAAGGUACAUUUGGACUUUUAGAUCCAGGAGGAAAUCCAUCUGGUAAUCUUAAUCUUGUUAUAAAGAUCGGUUGUCAAGGAAAAUACGUUACUACACAUUAUCAGAUGGAAGAGAACUCAUUUGUCUUUAAGAAUGAUAGAGAAGAGGGUCGGUACUUGGUGCAACGUGUGAUACCACCUAGUCAAACUACAGAAGAGAAACAAAAAGCUGAUAGUGGAAUUUCUGAAAUUCAUAUAGAACCCACAGAGUCACCUGAAGAAGAAAAUCCACGUCGUAGAUCUUCAAAGAAACAUAACAAAAAGAAAAAAGACAAGUUAAUUCAAAGAAAAAGGUGAAGAAGUCUACAAAU